AGGAAGAGACGAAGAAGAAGAAGAAGAAGAAGAAGAAGAGGCAGACGAAAAAGAAGCAGAAGAAGAAGAAGCAGAAGAAGAGGAAGAAGAAGAAGAAGCAGAAGAAAAAGAAGCAGACGAAGUAGAAGAAGAAGAAGCAGAAGAAGAAAAAGAAGCGGAAGAAGAAGAAGCAGCAGCAGAAGAAGAAGGACAAAAAGGAAAAAAAAGUUGAAAGUCAAAACAACACUGCAGCGUGACACUAUGGCCGUCCUAGUGGGGUGCAGAAACGCUUCACAAACCCUUCGUCUCCACACAGGAAACCUGGAGAAUGUGUGCAGAUUGGGAGCUUAUUUCAACUCGCAGUUUGCCCCGUCAUAUAAAACAGCGUUUGCACCGGCGCGUUGUUACAGCUCCGACAUAAAGGAUGACCUGCGAGUUAAAUAUCUGGACGGAGACGAUUCAGGAAUUGUCGUUUUUGGAAUAAAUCGACCAAAGGCCAAAAACGCCAUCAGCAAGAACCUGGUGCGAUUGAUGUCUGAGGCUGUUGACAAUGUUAAAAAAAACAACAAAGUACGGAGUGUCAUUUUAUGCAGUUUGGUCCCUGGGAUAUUCUGUGCAGGUGCAGACCUGAAAGAGAGGGCAAAAAUGCACCAAAGUGAAGUAGGACCUUUUGUGUCCAGAGCAAGGGCACUAAUCUCAGAACUUGGCAAUCUGCCAAUGCCAACGAUUGCUGCCAUUGACGGAGCAGCUUUGGGAGGGGGCUUGGAGAUGGCCCUCGCAUGUGACAUCAGGAUUGCAUCCAGUUCUGCAAAGAUGGGGUUAGUUGAAACCAAACUUGCGAUCAUUCCAGGAGCAGGUGGCACACAGCGGCUACCAAGGGCUAUUGGAGUGUCCCUGGCUAAGGAGCUUAUUUUUGCAGCACGGGUGGUGGAUGGGACAGAGGCUCACCGCCUUGGCCUUGUCAGUCAUUCUGUAGAGCAGAAUAACAGUGGAGAUGCUGCUUAUCACCGUGCACUUGAAUUAGCCCGAGAAUUCAAUCCCCAGGGACCAAUUGCAAUUAGGAUGGCAAAACUGGCAAUCAACCAAGGAAUAGAGGUUGAUUUGUCUACAGGAAUGGCGAUUGAAGAGGCAUGCUAUGCCCAGGUGAUACCAACAAAGGACAGGCUGGAGGGUCUUGCUGCAUUCAAGGAGAAGAGGCCGCCUUGUUUCAAGGGGGAGUAACGGCUUUUCCAACGGACCCUAUCAGAAAAUACUGCCUCAACCUCUCUUACUGUUGCUUCUUGUUCUGUUAUGGGUUGGAAGUAUACAUGCCAAAACACGACGUGUUCAGCGUAAUACCCUUGAAAUGCACGUGUCAAACCAAUAACUGGGCAUAUCUUGGCUCUUAAACCGGCCAGGGAUUUAAAAAGAAUCGUUGGUGAUUAUUGGCAAGUGUCUGAUCUUAACAUCAUGUGGCCAUGACAGCCACUACAUGCCGCCAGUUUUACUAAUCAAAAGCACAUUUCACCAGUUUAUUUGUUCAGAAAUCUUUAUGAAGUCCCAAAACUUUAUGAUGUUGAAUAACCAUGUCAAUAAAGAGGUGGAAAGUGAAAGUGCUAAAAGUGGGUGGUAUAAAACAUGUAUUCGGAAUAAAAGAAAAUAUUAA